AUGUAUCGAAAAUGGAAAGUUCUGACCAAAAAACGAUGCCGUUCUACCGUAAUUGAGACCAUCGAAGCACCACUGCCACUAGUGUGGUCAAUACUACGUCGUUUCGACAAACCACAAGCUUACAAACGUUUCGUGAAGAGUUGCACCAUUCGUAACGAUGGUGAUGGCGAGAGAGGAGAAGGCUCCGUUCGAGACGUGAAGUUGGUCUCCGGUGUUCCAGGGGAUUUCAGCACGGAGAGGCUCGACAAACUAGACGAUGAGUCUCACGUAAUGGUGGUAAGUAUCAUUGGUGGUAACCAGAGACUUGUUAACUACAGAUCGAAGACAAAGGUGGUUGCGUCGUCGCCGGAGGAAGAUGAGAAAGAGAAGACGGUGGUGGUGGAGAGUUAUGCGGUGGAUGUGCCCGAAGGAAAUAGCGAGGAAGAUACGAUAUUGUUUGUCGAUACCAUUACUCGCUAUAAUCUUUCAUCACUUGCUAAGCUUACCAAGAAGAUGAUGGAACAAUCUCUUUAUGGUUAG